CGAAAACGACGUCGUGUAAGGCAGUAUAAAACCGCUUUCAGAAAUAGGGAGAGCAUUUUAGGGUUUAUCAGGAGGAGGAUUUUAGGGAAGUAGAUCCAAAUUUGCAACAAGAUUUCGUCAGAAGAACAAGAACAUAUAACAGGUGAGUCAUUUUCAGCACUCUCACAUGUUUAAUUUCAUAUUCAAAUCUUUGCCUUAUUUGAGAUGUGUUGCAUCAACUUCACCUACCCAGAAACUGCAUGUUCUUAAACACUACCCAUCAUCAUCAUCAUCAUCAUCAUCAUCAUCCAUAUCUACCACUUCAAAUCAACACACAUUCACUGUCGAUUACCUCGUUAAAUCAUGUGGGCUUCGUCCAAAAGAGGCUCUCUUGGCCUCCAAGUACAUCAACAUCAAAACCCCAGACAAACCAGACUCUGUUCUUGCAUUCUUCAGCCACCAUGGACUCACCGAAACCCAGAUCUCACUUCUCAUCAGAAGAGAACCUCGGUUACUCAAUUACGAUCCCGAGAAAACCUUUUUGCCCAAAAUCGAAUUUUUCCACUCUAAAGGUUUUCCAACCGAAUGCAUUACCAAAAUACUGUCUGCAACACCAGAUGUUUUGAGAAGAAGUUUGGAAAACAAAAUCAUCCCAUCCUACAAUUUCUUGAAGGAAUUUCUCAAGUCCCAAGAAAAAACGAAUGCCGUUAUUAAACGCCAGUCUAGGCUUUUGUUUUAUGAUCCUCGCAUUUGUGUAGCAUCCAAUAUUGAAUCUUUGAGAGAAAUAGGCGUUCCUGAAUCGAAUAUUGUGGCUCUCUUUACUAGUCAUCCUAGUGAUUUCAUGAGUAAUGCUGAUAGGUUUAAGGAGACUGUGGAGGAAGUAAAGAAAAUGGGUUUUAACCCUGCAAGAAUGAUGUUUUGUGUAGCAAUUACUGCAGUGAAGGCAAUGAGUAAAUCAAAUUGGGAAAAGAAGGUGGAGGUUUAUAAGAAGUGGGGUUUGUCUGCGGAUGAGGUUUUGGUGGCUUUUGGGAAGUAUCCAAGGUGUAUGAUGGCAUCAGAGGAAAAGAUUAUGCGGAUAAUGGAUUUUUUUGUCAAUAAAAUGGGUUUGGAGUCUUCGAUUGUUACGAGGACGCCAGUACUUGUUGGCCUGAGCUUGGAGGGGAGGAUCAUUCCAAGGUGUUUGGUUUAUCAACUUCUGUUGUCGAAAGGUUUGAUUAAGAAGGAUUUUGGCUUGAUUCAGAUGAUGGUGUCUCCUGAAAGUUACUUCCUAAAGAAGUUUGUGAAAAAGUACGAGGAAGAAGCUCCUGAGCUUUUGAAGUUAUAUCAGGACAAGUUGAAUCCAUCGAAGUAACAGGUGGAUAUGGAAAAAUGAGGAACAGUAAGGUCGUACAUCUCUGAUUCCAAUUUCCAACUAUACAUUGGUUUCUCCUUGUUUACUCUUGGGUAGUGAAUAUGAUGAUUUUGUAUGAAAUACAACAUGGCAGUCAAUUCACAUUCAUUAAUCUCUGUCCAAAAUUGAGUUCUCUGUUUUAGUUCCGGAAAUUGAAACUUGAAGCUGAGCAACAUGGUGAAUUGAAUUCCCCUGUAGUUUUGUAGUGGUUAAGGUUUGGUGUGAUAUACCAUUGUGGGAGAGCAGUCUAGGUGGUGUUGGUUUUGCUUGACAUACAAUUUUGGAACUAGUUCAAUCUGGUAAAUUAGUGGUUUUGAUUUUCAAUUGUAAUGAUGAUGCAAACACUCAGUGUCGUAUUAAAUAAAUGAUGACAUUGUUCUCUU